AUGGAAUCACGCAGUGCGCCGCCGAGCCCCGACGAGUCUGGGGAGGCGGUGUUCAACUCUCGUUGUCUACAAUAUUCUCAUCAAACGCCUCUGCAGAGGACCUUUGCGAGCUGCAGAGAAAACACAAGGCCCCGACCUCAUCAUCGACAUGCAGUGUCAGAACCGGCUCGCCCGGAUGAAAGAGUUUUCACUACGGCCGAAGUACACGACUAUCCCUCAUCGGAAUCGGGCAUUGCGGCAGACUGUCCACAUGCCCAUAGUAGCAAUGCUGAUGAUAGCCCUUGUUAUGAUCGCUCAGAUUAUGAAGGUAAUUCAAACUACAGUCUGAGACAUAACUUUAAUCACACAAGUGACUGUAAUAAGCAUCGUUUUGAAUUUAAUCGGAGUCAUACACCAGACUAUCAUGAGCAUGGCUCAGAUAGUGAUAGAGGACAUCCCUGUAGUCAAACAACUCGCAGACCGCAUAGAAAACACAGGCGAGAAGAAGACGAUGGUGCGCAAUCUCUCGAUGAGCGAUGUGCACGUGAUCUUGAUGAAAUUUUACCCGCCCGACUCGCCGGUAUAAAUUUAUUACGCGAUCAACCAUCGCAAUCAUGGAACCGUAGCAAUAUUGCUGCUACUAUGGAGCGAUUUGAGCCCGUCGAUUAUUCAUACGCCUAUUAUGACCAUCAUUUAUCAAUGCCAUCGUCGUCGAGAAAAGCGAAUCGACAGCGUGGACGCGGCUUACCGAGAGAGCGAUCCGCUCGCCAUAAUUACGUAACACGAUAUGGUACAGAGGAAAAUAUUUACGAAGAAAUUACAGACGGUUCAAGAACAUGUCCAAAACAUAGACACGCUCCAAGACAAUCUCUUAUUUCUCUUGACAGAAGUGUUGUCGAAGAAGAAGUACGUCGAGUAGAAUCAAGACAUAAAAGAAUAUUAGGGGAGUUAAACUUAAGUGUAGAAGCUAUGCUUAUGCCUGAAUGCGAGUCACCUGACUCAGAAAGAGCUGAAGAUAGAGACAAUAUAGAGGAACUAUUGAGAGUGGGGCCUACGGAUGAACUACUAUCACCAGCAAGUUGUAAUCCUCCAGAUUUAGACAGCGGUUUUAGUGGAAGUAGUAGUGGUGCUAGUUAUGUAGGUAGCUUGCGAAGGAAACCCACUGGCUCUGUGCCCCAUUUACCUGCUGUGGCCUAUGGAACCCGCGGAGCAGGAGUUCGAAUUUUAGGCGUUGACGAUUGUCAAUUACGAUGCCCUAGAGAAAUUCCUUCACCUCGCAGCUCAAGUUGUGGUGACGCAAAGUCAACAGGAUUUUGGAAUAAGAAAGCAUGGAAAAAAAUAUCUGGUUUUUCAAGUUCUAACAGCAUUAACAAAGCCGGCCUUACUGGUCUGCUCGUUAGGUACACUUUCCGGCGUAAAUCCGGAUCGCAGGGCUCUCAAGGCAAGCGAAGACCUGAGCCCGUCAAAUGCGAUGCGUGCCUCUCCCAACGAUGUUAG